GCAGUGUUUUUUAACCUGCAGAUGAUUUAACACACAAAAAAAAUCGUCAUCUUGUCCAAUGAAAUUGCUUCGGGAAAUUAUCCGAUUACCACCCGAUUGCUGGGCGUCACUUUCAAUUUAAAUUUCAUUUCGAUCCAGUUCGGAUUCAAUUUGCUUGCAGACUUCGUUGAGUGUGGACCAUUGUGUUGCGCAAUAAGUUAAUUUUUUAAAUAUUUUGUGGAAACGUUGUUUGAUUUAGAAAAAAAAUAUCAAAAUGAGAGAAAUCGUACAUAUUCAAGCUGGCCAAUGUGGUAACCAAAUCGGAGCUAAGUUCUGGGAAAUCAUUUCCGAUGAGCAUGGUAUCGAUGCUACUGGUGCCUAUCACGGCGACAGCGAUCUCCAAUUGGAACGCAUCAACGUUUACUACAAUGAGGCAUCCGGUGGAAAGUAUGUUCCCCGUGCCGUUUUGGUCGAUUUGGAACCGGGAACCAUGGAUUCCGUUCGAUCGGGACCAUUCGGUCAAAUUUUCCGACCCGAUAACUUUGUUUUCGGUCAAUCUGGUGCCGGUAACAACUGGGCCAAGGGACAUUACACCGAAGGCGCUGAAUUGGUCGAUUCGGUAUUGGAUGUGGUGCGCAAAGAAGCCGAAUCGUGCGAUUGUCUGCAAGGUUUUCAACUAACUCAUUCACUUGGUGGCGGUACUGGAUCCGGUAUGGGAACACUACUCAUCUCAAAGAUCCGGGAAGAAUACCCCGACAGAAUCAUGAACACAUACUCGGUUGUACCAUCACCAAAAGUAUCCGACACCGUUGUCGAACCGUACAAUGCCACACUGUCGGUUCAUCAACUGGUCGAAAACACAGACGAAACGUACUGCAUUGAUAACGAGGCUCUGUACGACAUCUGUUUCCGCACAUUGAAAUUGACAACACCAACUUAUGGUGAUUUGAACCAUUUGGUAUCACUAACAAUGUCUGGAGUCACAACCUGUCUACGUUUCCCCGGUCAAUUGAAUGCCGAUCUUCGUAAAUUGGCCGUCAACAUGGUCCCAUUCCCGCGUCUACAUUUCUUCAUGCCUGGUUUCGCCCCACUCACGUCCCGUGGAUCUCAACAAUACAGAGCACUCACCGUACCAGAAUUGACCCAACAAAUGUUCGAUGCCAAGAACAUGAUGGCUGCCUGUGAUCCACGACAUGGACGCUACUUGACAGUUGCUGCCAUUUUCCGUGGCCGUAUGUCCAUGAAGGAAGUGGACGAACAGAUGCUGAACAUUCAAAAUAAGAACAGCAGCUACUUCGUCGAAUGGAUCCCGAACAAUGUUAAAACAGCCGUCUGUGACAUUCCACCAAGAGGCUUGAAAAUGUCCGCCACAUUCAUCGGCAAUUCGACCGCCAUCCAAGAACUAUUCAAACGAAUCUCUGAACAAUUUACCGCUAUGUUCCGUCGCAAGGCUUUCUUGCAUUGGUACACUGGCGAGGGUAUGGACGAAAUGGAAUUCACUGAAGCCGAAAGCAACAUGAACGAUUUGGUGUCCGAAUAUCAACAAUAUCAAGAUGCCACCGCCGAUGAGGACGCCGAAUUCGACGAAGAACAGGAGGCUGAGGUCGACGAAAACUAGAUCCUUUGAAUGUUUAAUUUUUGGAAUGCAUCAGAAAAGAACAUUUCCACUCAUAUGUUUCAAUGAAUAGUCUGCCUAAUAAAAUUUACGUUUUAAUUGUUAAUGUUCUCUAAGGCAGCAGGUAGUUUUUAGCAGCUUUGGACUAAUUGUCCGUUUUGUAAAUUUUUUUUACUGAAAAUCUCGUUCAUUGAAGAACAUUCCGAAAAAUAAAAUCAAACAUUCAAGU